AUGCUGCCACUGCCGCACCCGAAAGCGACCGGGCUCUCCUCUACUCUCCUUCACGCGACCAAAAUCGCAUUAUUCUGGCUCCGUGUCACCCUUCUGCAUGCGGCUGCUGAGGAUCCUGAAGGAAUGACAUCUUGGCUCAACUGUACACUGAAGCACCCUGCCAUCGUCCUGGAGGAUAUCCGCUCCGCGACCAGGGUUCAAUGCCCCGACAACCAGGUCUCUGUGACCUUCGACAACCAAGAUGACUUCGAGAAAAUCACCACCCUCUGGCCACAGAAUAACUUUAUCCUGAUCACCAACCAUGGCCCUGACUGCAAUGAUGAGAACGAGCGUGGUCUGCACAAAGUCGAAUCCAUCUCCUUCGAUCGCACAUCCAUGACGCUCGUCGCGCAAGCCGGCAAGACUUCGUUUGUCGACAUCACCGAAGAGAUGGCCAUCGAGUUCAGCAAGCCGGUCACUGAUCUCGCCAAGCCGAUCAAGCCGGACACUCCUGCGCAACCACAGCGCCGCGAUUUUCUUAGCGACAGCAUCAACUAUAUUGCUGGAGUCCUCAAUAUCAACGCCACCAUACUGGCGCCAAGUCUGGAAGUCGUGCCCCAUGAGCUCGUACUCGAGGGUAACUUGGCCAUGCGAGGAUAUAUGAAGUAUGUUUGGGGUGAUAUAGGCAUGUCUGAGGCCUAUAUCGAGGUCAGGAUGGGACUCACCGCAGCCACCGGCGUCAACGUCACGGGCCAAUCUGAAUACCUCAAGACCCCUUUCUCGCUAGUCCCAAUUAAAUGGACUUUCGCCCCCAUCAUGAUUCCAGGAAUCGUGGCUAUCGGUCCUGCCCUCACCGUCGGUACCGGCGCUGAGGUUUCCACCUCAGAACCUAUCGAUAUCUCAUUUAAUAUCACCACCGGGCUCACGGAAGGCUUUGCCCACAUUGAUCUCCUUAAUCCAUCCAAGAGCACAUCCAGCGGCUGGUCGCCAUCCUACACCGAAGGCCUGAACGUCACCAAAGGCGCCGAGGUUGAAGUCCACCCUAUCUUCGACCUUGAACCCAAAUUUGCGUUCGAGUUCCUCCUGGGUUUGAUUUACUACUCCGUCGGCAUCCGUUUCCGCGCAAAGUACUUCAAUUACUUCACUCUCCAGCCUGCUUCGGAGAACCCCCCUCCCACGUCCGACGCUCUUAGCUGCCCUGGAGGAUCGCUGCUCUCGAACAGCUUUGCCUUCACCAUCAAUUUUUUCGUCUGGAGGGACGAAACUGAGAUGUUCAAAUACGAGGAACCCACCACCGAGCCCAGAUGCGUGGGCAACGGCCAGAGGAUCAUCGGCGGAGCACCUGUGCCAAAACUACCUGCGCCACCGACCCGGCGUCAGACGGUGGAGGCGACCUGGUGA